AAAGAGAGAGAAAAAAAUAUGAAUGAAACUCCGAAUUCCCAAUUGCCAUUGGCAUUUGAGUGACGAAGACAACAACCUGUAGCGAACAACAAUAUGUUGAUUCACUUGUUCACGUGUGUUGUGAGUCUGCAGGUCGCUUCCCCUGCAACAUAGCAAGUGAUUCACUGAUUCAGUCGAUUGCGAAUGUGUGACGUGUGGUAGUCGUUGUUGAUUAAGGUGUGGGCAACAGUGUACAGUGUGUAAAACUGUGGACGUUAGUCGUCAGUACAUUGUUUGAACCGUCGGUUGGUGGAAGGUUGAUUAUCGAAUUUUAUACCUUUAAUUGUAAAUUAAUCCGUACAUUUUUAAAUUUAAUUAUUCGUUCAAGUGUUUUUCGUUUUAUUCGGCAUUUUAAAAUGAUAUAAUCUUUUUUGUUAGCUAUUAUUUGAUAUAGUUACGCGCUUUCAUCAAUAUCAAUAAUAUGAAACUGGAAAAUAAAAACGUUGAAAACGAGCCGGUUUCUUAUCACGAUUUGUUAAGGGAGAGCAUCAAAACGGGAGAUGUUAAAGCACUGACAGAAUUACUCCAAAAUGAUGAAGCAGAUAUUGAUAUCGAUCAAUUGGAUUGGAAUGGAUCCGGAAAUGCCCCCAUACUGGAUGCUGCUAUCGAAGGCCAAGUGAAGAUAGUGAGAGUGCUAUGUGAGAACGGAUGCAACGUAAAUGCGAGAACAUCGAGAGGAGAAACUGCCUUACAUAUGGCAGUCUCAUGUCGACAAUUCAAUGCCGAAAUGAUCAACCUAUUGCUAACCAAUGGCUGUAAUCCAGAUAUACAACACAAUCUUGGAAGACAAACAGCUUUACAUAUGUUCAUAAAAAAACACGUCGUCUCUACCGAAUUAAAUAGCGAGAUUUUAAAUGUAUUCGAAUCUUUGGUUAAAGCUAGCGACGUUAAUAAAGGCGACGAUAGGUCGAGAACACCUUUACAUUAUAUCGCCUCUAGCGGAAAAGCUAAUCUCAAAUUGUUGCAGAUUUUACUGGAUCACGGAGCUAAUCCAAAUUUACAAAACGAUCGCAAAGAAUCUGCUCUCCACGAAGCUUUACAAAACAAUAGCGAAUCUGUAGCGGAUAUUUUAAUCACUCGUCAUACGAAUCUUUACCUAGAAACUAUUUAUAAAGAAACUCCGCUACAUAUCGCAGCUCGAAAAAAUAUGAUUCCGAUUGUGAAGUUGCUAUUGGAACACGAUGUUCCAAUUAACGCUCAAGAUUUAAAGGGUAAUACCGCAUUGCAUCUGGCUGCUAGUAAAGGCUACAAUGAUGUCGUACAGUUAUUAGUCGAAAAAGAACAAAUUCAACUGAAUAUCUCCAAUAACGAAGGCUUCACUCCUUUACACUUAGCUGUCGAUAGUGGUUUCAUUUUUACCGUUGAAAUAUUAUUAAAAGCCGAUUCAUGUGAUUUAACUGCACGUACAAAACGAAGCGAAACUGCUCUAGACUUGGCUCAGCACGAUUAUAGACGUAGAUCUCAACCAGAGAUGAUUGAAGUACUGUCUCGUGAAAUACAACGUAGAAGUUGUGGAAAAUCUAUGUAAUUCAAAAUCUUAAGCUUUCUUGCCUUGCCUAUAAAUUAAUUUGUUUCUUUUUUUAUUUACUUUUUUGUAAGCGACGUUUUUUUUUUUAAUUACACCAUGUUACAUCGUAUCAAA